GUUGGGCUUAUCAGCCUCCCUGCCGGGCCCCUGCCCCUGCCCGGAGACAUAAAUAGGCGGGGAGAGCGGGCCCGGCAGGCUCCUGAGCGCCUGGUCCCCUGUGUCCCUUCAGGAUGAAAGCCGCACUGCUGACCUUGGCCGUGCUCUUCCUCACGGGGAGCCAGGCUCGGCACUUCUGGCAGCAAGAUGAACCCCAGUCACCCUGGGAUCGGGUGAAGGAUUUAGCCACCGUGUAUGUGGACGCAGUCAAAGACAGCGGCAGAGACUAUGUGGCCCAGUUUGAAGCCUCCGCCCUGGGAAAACAGCUGAACCUGAAACUCCUGGACAACUGGGACAGCCUGAGCAGCACGGUGACCAAGCUGCGCGAACAGAUCGGCCCGGUCACGCAGGAGUUCUGGGAUAACCUGGAGAAGGAGACGGAGGUGCUGCGGCAGGAGAUGAGCAAGGACCUGGAGGAGGUGAAGCAGAAGGUGCAGCCCUACCUGGACGACUUCCAGAAGAAGUGGCAGGAGGAGGUGGAGCUGUACCGCCAGAAGGUGGCGCCGCUGGGCUCGGAGCUGCGCGAGGGCGCGCGCCAGAAGCUGCAGGAGCUGCAGGAGAAGCUGAGCCCGCUGGGCGAGGAGCUGCGGGACCGCGCGCGCACCCACGUGGACGCGCUGCGCGCCCAGCUGGCCCCCUACAGCGACGACCUGCGCGAGCGCCUGGCCGCGCGGCUGCAGGCGCUCAAGGAGGGCGGCGGCGCCAGCCUGGCCGAGUACCACGCCAGGGCCAGCGAGCAGCUGAGCGCGCUCGGCGAGAAGGCCAGGCCCGCGCUCGAGGACCUGCGCCAGGGCCUGCUGCCCGUGCUGGAGAGCUUCAAGGUCAGCCUGCUGGCUGCCAUCGACGAGGCCACCAAGAAGCUGAACGCGCAGUGAGGCGCCCCCCCCCCCCGCCCCGUCCGUCUGUCCGCCCGCCCGGCCCUCGGAACAAACGCUUCCCACGCGGGACGCCCGUGUCGGGCGCGCGGGUUUGGAGGCCGCGGCUGUGAUUUUUAAACAAUAAAAUGUGCUCCGAA